AUGCUGGGAGAGUCUCAUUUGCUUCAAAAAACCAAUUCCAGUUCUAGCACGAACGAAAUCGGAAAAUCAAACAGUGAUGAUUGGAAUAGAUUGAAUCAAAUUGAUAAUUCUCAUUUACAGCAAUGGAUUGAUAAAAUAGAACAAUUAUUUCAUCACGUUCAUUCACAUUUUGAAAUGCAAGAUAAAAAGGAUAUUUAUUUUCAAGACAACAAUAGUCCCGAGGCAAUAAUAUUAACAUCAUUAAACCAUCAAGAUCAAAUUUUGUUGCAGGAACAUUUGAAACAAGUAUUCACGCGAAUCAUCCAAGAAAAUUUCACACUUUUCAAAAUAAUUUUAGAGGAGUAUCCGUCACUAAUUCGACUCUUGAACACAAUAAUUUCGUUGCCUUCUCCAAAUUUAUUACUAGUUGUGAUGAGGCCUGUUCUAAAUCAUUUAUAUCUAUUGUUGUACAAGUCCAUUGUAGAAACUGACGAUUUUUCUGAAAAGCCCAAAAUUAUUAACCGUUGCUUGAAUUUACUUGGUAAAUGCAUACAAGUUCGAACGGAUUAUGGUCACAAGGCACAUGGAAGCACGACGGAUGUUCUGUUUGAAUUUGAGAAAAAUAUUCCUUUAAGUCACUCUAUGGAACAAUAUUUAGAGCAAAUUAUUCUAGAGAAAUGCUAUGAUAUUAAGAUUAAUAGGGCACUAUCGAUCAAUCGUAACAAGAAACAUCAUCAUGUGAACUUUCUUAGAUCAUGCCUUUGCUUUUUAAAAUUGGGCGUCUUUCAAUAUCCGCUUUGUCAUAUGGCCAUGAUUCAAUAUAUUUCUAUAUUUAUUGACAACAUAGAUUGGUCCAAUUUGCAAGACAUUAUCAUUCUCACUCUAGCUCAUGAAUUAAUAUCAUCAAAGGACGAAGAAAUUGUUUCUCUCUCCCAAAAGACAAAAAUUGCAAGCAGUAACAUGACCAUCCUUUCUAAACUAUUCACUGAAUUAUUAGAAUCCAUGCUAAAACAACCUUUCAAAUCAGUACAUAAUUUCACUGAGUAUCGAAUUCUGUCAGAGUGUAUUCGAACGAAUGCAUCUAUAUGCAUCAUUUUAGAAAAUUUCAUUGAAAAUCUCUUUUUAGAGUGCAACAAUAAUUUCAGGAUUCUUUAUGCAGCACAUGACAUUUUCUCUCCUCUUGCAACGAAUGCAUUACCAUUGGAGACACUAGACACAACUCAUUUGAUACACUUAAGUGAAGACAUUUCCACACAUUGGAUUAGGCAUCAAUUCAAGUCCUAUGAUUGGUUUCUUCGAAGUAUGGUAUAUGUAUUUUCGUAUGUCAUCAGACAAUAUCAGCAACCGAGGAGAGACAAGAACCAACAAUUUGAAAUGACUCCAAUGUUUCGACAGUCCUUGGUCUACCUGAUACGAUACAUCUUUGGACAUGACCUUUCGAAGGAUUUCGAGCUAGCUCAAGACUCACUUCUUCACAUCAUUCAAACUCUCUCUAAAUGCGAGAAAAUUAGUCAUUCUCAAUUUUUGAGCUUUAUCGAAGACGAGAACAUGAAUGAUGAAAGUGGCACGACGUCAUUUCAACCCGUUCCAAUUCAUUCCCUUAUUAACUUGUACAUGUCCAUGAUUUUUGUAAGGCAUGACUCAAAAAAUUUCACCUACGAUCAAGUGAUUGAUUUGUUCUUGAAUGACGACACCAAUCAAGACUUCUCAAUCUUUACUGAAAAGACUCUGAUCAUUCUACGAUGGAUGGACCAAAUGAUUUUGCUGUUAAACUCGCCAUCCUCAAGUAUGGACACUCCACUUCGAAGGAAAUUCCUGUCAUUCCAUCAAAGACAACUGAUUCUUCUCUUGGGAUAUUUAAGGGUAUUGCCACUUUUCAAAAAGAAGUGCAAAUUGAACAACUUGACAAGCCAUACUUCUCUCUCUUCAUUGCUCCUAAAAUUUCAAGAAGAAUACUAUGAACCACUUGUUGCCUUUUGGAAUCAUUAUAAAUCAAACAAUCCAAGCACAAACAACAACCUCCACAUCAAUGCCUUCCAAACAGCAAACCACUCGAUCCUAUCCUUUUCUCAAGUGCAGAAAGAACUCGAAGAGGAAUCUUCGACAACCACAACCACCACGUCGACACAGCACCAAACCUUAAAGUCCCUUCAUGGUCGAGAUCCCCUAGAGAGUGGCCAGAAUGCACUAAGCAAGCAUCAGAUUCUCCUGAUACCUCUCAUUCUUUCCACCUUUGAACGAAUUUCUCUCUUUGAUGACGAAGAGGAGGUUGUUGUAGAGGAUGAUGGUGGUGGAUGA